AUGAAGGAGGUGAUCAGAGUUCAGAACUGGAGACCUCCAGGUGUCUGUAGAACCUCUAAUGGGGACUUUCUGGUUACAAUGGAUAGUGAAAGAAGACAAGUCAAAAUGCAUUCAAAAGUAGUUCGAUACUCUGACUCUACAGAGAAACAAUUGCAAUCCAUUCAUUUUGAUAGUCAUUGUAAACACCUCUAUUCAUCUGGUGGUUCCCAUAAAUACAUAUGUGAGAACAGGAACCUUGAUAUCUGUGUAGCUGACUGUGGAGCUAAAGGAGAAGUCGUGGUCAAUCAAUCUGGUAAAUUGAGAUUCAGAUAUACUGGACAUACCCUUAACCAAAGGAUGAACCAUUCAGUCCACGAUGAAUCACUACAGACAAUCAGAGUCACAUCCUUACAGCUGAGGUAUUUGGUGAAGAGUUAG